AGGAGCAUCGCAGGGAGCAGAGUUCGAGUCUCAGAGGAGCAAAGCAUGCUUUGGGGAUGGAAGCAGCGAGGAGCCGCCUGGCUUUGGGUCUCUGAGUUGCUUUUCCUCUCUUGCACAGAGUCUUCAUCGUUGCUUCGGUGGUCGAGCCCCAGGAUUGUCAGCUUCCCACAAGGAGAAAAACAAUUCCAGUUCGACACACACGAGAACCACGUGCUGCUCUACCACGAAGAAGGGACGCCAACUGUAUUUGUGGGAGCAGCAAACAAGCUUUACAUCUACGACUUUGAGACCUCCACCAGUCAUACGGAGCCCUUUGAUAUAGUCGAAGGAGAGAUGAACUGCGGACAAGAGAACUAUCUCACGCUCUUGAGGGAGUAUGAGGAUAAGUUACUGAUCUGUGGCACCAACGACUGCAAUCCUGCCUGCUGGUAUUGGGUAAAUGGGGCAAAGGAACGUAGACUCAGUGCUCAAGGUCUGGCCCCCUAUGAACUUGACCUAAACUUCAUUGUCCUUGUUGAUGGCAGUGAGAUCUACUCAACCAUCAAGAAACACCGGUAUGGUAAAGGACGUUAUCGUUUCCGUAGGAUCGAAGGAGCUGUCAAACUGUACAGCAGCUUUACACUCAUGAACAACCCACAGUUUGUGAAGGGUGCUAUCUUAAAGCAAGACGAGCCACACAAUGAAAGAAUCUACCUGUUCUUCCGAGAGGACAACCCAGAAUGGCCAAGGAACCCGACAGCCCCAAGGACCGUCUCCAGAGUGGCUCAACUAUGCAAGUCAGACAAUGGAGGCCCUGGUUCCAUAUCUGCAUCCAUGUGGACAACCUUCCUGAAGGCUACAUUGCUCUGUGCGGAUAACGUCACGGACCGGCAUUUUGACAACCUGCAGGAUCUCUUUAUUGUUGAAUCUCCCAUUUGGUCUGAGACAAAGGUUUAUGGGGUCUUCUCAAAUGAAUGGAACUAUUCAGCGGUCUGUGUCUAUACUGUAGACAGCAUCACUAAAAUCUUCCAAACAUCACCCUUCAAAGGCUACAAUGGUGAAAUACCCACUGUCAGGCCUGGGCAGUGUCUAGAAGGAAAUAAAGCAACUCCCACUGCAAGCUUCAGCGUGGCAGACAGCUAUCCAGAAAUGUCAGAAAAAGUGAAGCAACACGCUGUGUUUUAUAGCAAGCAUUUUUACCAUCAAAUUGGAGUCCAUCAGGUCCAGGUGGCUGAUGAGGAGACCUACAGUGUCCUCUACUUGAGCACAGACAGAGGAACCAUCCAUAAAGUCGUCUUGUUACCAAAAGGGGCCAUGAACAUCCUGGAGAUUCAGCCGUUCCGAUCUUCAGCUACCAUCAAAUCUAUGACUUUGGACAAUGCUAGAAACGAGCUGUUUGUGGCCUCUGGAGAUGAGGUGGUUCAACUCCCCAUGGAUAUGUGUGGUGCAUAUAAGGACAACUGUGAGAGCUGUGUGCUGGCAAGAGAUCCCCACUGUGGAUGGAUCGAUGGCACAUGUGCUUCAGUUUAUGACCAUGAUCAAUAUGGAAAUAGGAAACUGUUGCAGGCUCUAACUCAUGACGUCCCUUCGGAUAUUUGUUCAUCUGCACACUACAGCAACACAGAAGGAAAGGACACCAUUCCCCAUGACAUCCCAUUGCUGCCACAGGCCCGCUAUUACCUGAACUGCUCUGCCAAGUCUCACCAUGCCGAUUAUACUUGGUUCCAUAAUGACCAGAAUGUUACGCAUUGUAGCUCUGGCCACCAUCAUUGCAUCCACUUCAUAAAGAACAUGACAGAUGACCUCUAUGGGAACUAUUUCUGCAUUUCCCAGGAAGGUUGGUUUAGAGAGAUACUUAUGACUGAGAAUCUGGUCAAGCCCACUCCUGAGACAAUGCUGUUCAGGAGCUCGCUACCAACGGAUUGGGCCAUCAAAGCAUCUUUAUCCUCCUGGCUAAACCUGCUGAACAUGGUAUUGGUUGUCUUGAUCAUCUGGUAAAGAAUGACCGUCUGGCUUCCUGUUGGCAUUAGUGAUCACACAGUGCCUGGUAUAUCUGUCACUUCCUCUUCAUUUUUAUGGUUCAGAAGCUAUUUUUCAUCUCAGUAGCAGGUUGUUUUUGCACAGCUUGGAGGAAGUCUCUCACUGCAUGCGGCAAGCCAGAGUUUGGAGAAGGUCUGCGUAAUCAUCUGCAAGGGUCAUGUUCUGGAUGGUUGGGUUUUGGGACCCAUGGAAGCUGACUGUUUGCUUUCAUGGGCCAGACAGGGGUAUGUGGUGGUUCAGAUGAAGUAGAAAGUAAGGCCCAGAACAGUGGGUUGAACACCAUUGGCAAUCAAAGUCAGAGAGUUCAAAAUCUGCUUGCUAAAUAUGAGGUUCCUCAGAGCGAGUAUCAAUUUCUGAGGCUUAGACUUGAUGGCCACAGGAAAGUAGCUGAUGUUAACCAUGCAUGGCCUACUCCAAAGGUGGAGAACAUAUAUUCCCAUCUGGGUAUGUAACUGCAGUUCCUAUGAGCCUUAGGCAGGGGACAAAGGGGACAAAUACUGGAAAUUUCAAUCCAGCAACAUCUCAAGGACCACACAAAUCCCAUUUCCAUUUUUUAAGAAUCCUCGUCCAUUGAUGUUCUACAUUUGCAAAGGAAUGGGCAUGUACUUGGGAUCUCUAAAUAAAACUAACUUACUUUAAGUGAUUCCCAGUAUGUAUUUUAAUGCAUUUAAGCAUCUUGCUGGAUGAACGUAAGAUUUCAUCUGCAAGAAUAUUGAUAAAUGUUGACAAAUGCUAGGUGGUCCACUGAAAAUUGGUCAGUGGGGAAUUUAGAGGCAAGUUCCUUUUUUGGAGUACAAUUCCCAGAAUCCCCUAGGCUAGUGGUUCCCAACCUUUGGUUCACCAUUUGUUUUCGACUUCACAUCUUGGAAGCUCCAGCCAACUUGGCCAACAUUCAAGAAUUAUGGGAGCUGAAGUCCAAGAUAUCUGGAGGAUCAAAGUUUGGGACCCACUAGGCAGCAUGUCCAGUGACCAUACUACCUUGGGGAGUCCAGGCCAAGAGUUGUAGUCAAAAAAAGGAAUUUUCUCCAAGUUCUGGCCAGUAGUCCAUCAGUAGAUCAUCCCUUGCCCACUGCUCUUCUAUCUUGUCCAUUCACAGAUCUUUGCUUGUCCGUGUGGCAAAUAGUCCUUCUAGCCUACUGUUGUUGGCUGUGCAACUUCCUGACCUUCUGCUUGUGUGUUAGAGCAGGCACUGAGCUCAGGGGAAGCUUUCCAUGCAGAUAGGUCACAGAUGUUCGGAAGUCCUUUGUUUUGUUUCAAUAGUGGAAGGAUAUUUAUUUAUUUAUUGUAUUUUAUACAUAUAUUUUAUAAAAAGAAAUCCUGACCAAUUCUCUGGGGGAAAACCAAAUGCUUAGGGCAGUGCUACGGGUGAUGGAAAGUGUAUACAAAGAAUAAAAUGUUCAUGAAAAUGCAGAUGCGCUCAGAUGCAACCGACCAACAAACCCAAAAUCCCAUUGGCUGCAAACUGCUUAUUGUACUAUGUAUUGAACAUUAUUCCAAGCCUUUGUCUCAAUGCUAGUAUGAAUAUGUACAGAUGAAACAUGAAAGGGGAGAUCAAAACCCCAUCUGCCAUAUAAUCGGACCUGUUAGCUUUCCAGCAGAGCAUACCCUUUGGAGUGGGACUUUCAGUGCAUAUCAUCUCAGAUUUAAUUCCUGGCCUCUCCAGUGUGGACUGCCACCGGAGAUCCAAUGCUGGUUCUGCUUGGAUGCCCCAGAGCCAUGCUUGUAUUUUACAGAUGUUUAAAUCACACUUUGGAUUAUCCUUUGGCCCACUGUGUUAUGUCUCCAUCCUUGAAAGUGCCUGUCUGAAAAUAAGCUGUGAAUAUUAUGCGUUCUCUUUGGAGAAGCAGUCGAAGGGGUCUUUCCGCAUCCCUUUGCUUUCCAAGCCAAGGAGACGCUCCUGUUGCACUACAAUUUUUAACAUGUCGUUUUGAACGUUUUGAAAGACAUUCCAAUGGGUUUCCUUGUCUAUUUUGUUGUAUUCCCUUCAUGCACUUUAAAUGAAUGUGUACAUUAUUAAUGAAGAGGGAGGGAUGAUGUAUUGUCACAUGUUUCUCUUUUGCCUCGCGAUGACGUUUUAGCAAGAAUGUUUUCAAAACAUGCUUUUUAAAUAAAUAAGUUUUUCAAAAUCGG